GUUUGAUCAAAAUUAAAAAGCUUGUUUAUUACCAUUUAUAUAUUUCCACCUAAAGAACUUAGUGGAUGAAGGAGGCAAAUAACUUUUUUCAGAUGUACUUUAUAAUCUGGGAAAGUAACAUAAAAUUGUUGAAUCAAUGUGAUAUGUUUUAUGCAACAGAAUAUUUUUGUUUGCUUUCACUUCAAUUUUAACGUACGAAAUCAUAUUAAUUUUGUUUAUGCUUGCAGGUAUAUUUUUUUUCUCAAAUUAGGUAGUAGUGCAUAAAAUAAUACCAGUUCAAAAUUUUUUUUAGUAGAUUUAGUGGAACUUAAACCAGUAAAUUUAGUGGAACUUAAAAUAACUUGCUAAUACUUACAUAAAGAACUUAGUGGAUGAAGGAGGUAAAUAACUUUUUCAGAUGUAUUUUAUAAUCAUUGUGAGUAGCAUGAAAUAAUCAAAUCAAUGUGGAUAUGUUGAUGUAACAUAAUUUUUCUUGCAUUCACUUUAAUUUUAAAGUAAGAAAGCAUAUUAAUUUUGAUUAUGUUUGCAGGUAUAUUUUUUUCUCAAAUAAGGUAGUGGUGCAUAAAAUAAUACCAGCUCAAACUUUGGUAAAUUUAGUGGAAUUUAAAAUAACUUACUAAUACUUACAUAAAGAACGUAGUGGAUGAUGGAGGUAAAUAAUUUUUAGGAGGUAUUUUAUCAUCAUGGAAAAUAACAUAAAAUUGUCGAAUCAAUGUGGAUAUGUUUGAUAUAACAGAAUUUUUUUUUUUGCUUUCACUUUUAUUUUAACUUAAGAAAGCAUAUUAAUUUUGAUAAUGCUUGCAGGCAGGUAUGUUUUUUCCUCAAAUUAGGUAGUGGUGCAUAAAAUAAUACCAGUUCAAACUUUGGUAAAUUUUGUGGAACUUAAAAUAACUUAUUAAUACUUACAUAAAGAACUUAUUGUAAGUAACAUAAAAUUGUUGAAUCGAUGUGGAUAUGUUUAAUGUAACCGUUUUUUUUUUUUAUUUAACUUUAAUUUUAACGAAAGAAAGCAUAUUAAUUUUGAUUAUUCUUGCUGGUAUAUUUUUUUCUCAAAUUAGGCAGUGGUGCAUAAAAUAAUACAAAGAAUUAUUAACGACGCCUUCCAAUAAGUCAAUAAAAAAAUUGAAUACCACUCUUCAUCUUCUGAUCCAGAUUAUAGCCACUUUUGAGAAUUUAUUCCUUGGAAAGGAUAAAGUUGGGCAUAAUAUUACAAAAAGAAAGAGAUCUGGGAGACACUUACGUUGCUUAAGGAUCCUGGUAAAAGAAGGAAAGGCCCUAAGGAAGGGAUGAUGACACUUCUUCAUCUCGCCACAGAAUCAGGCCAAACAGAUGUCGUUAAGGAUUUAAUCGAAGCUGGGAUUGACGUAAAUGAGCCUGAUGAGCAUGGAGCCCGACCACUUCAUCUAGCUUCAAUGCAUGGUUUUGAGGAAGUUCUUAAAAUCUUAUUGGAUAAUGGUGCUAUGUAUAAUUGUACUGAUAAAUAUAAUAACACUCCUCUGAAUCUUGCUGCCACCGAAAAUAUAAAAGCACUACUGAAAAGUAUGAAGAAAUUUUUUUUAUCUGUCAAAAGCAAUGAUAUUUCAAGUGUAAAAUCAUUCAUUGAGAAAGGUGUUAGCGUUAACGCCAAAGAUAAUACAAAUGCUUCACCAUUGCAUUAUGCUGCCUGGAAAGGACACUUGGAAAUUUCAAACAUUUUAAUUAAUAAUGGCGGAAAUCCUAAUUCGAUCGGGAAAAAUGACUACACAGCUCUUCAUUAUGCUUCAAAAUUCAACAAUUAUGAAAUAGUAAAACUGCUGUUAGAGAAUGGUGCAAUAUACAAUAGUUUGUCAACCAAUAAAAAAGUCCCUCUUGAACUUGCUGAAGACAAAAAUGUUAUUGAGUUAUUAAAACUAAUCGAUUCUUCUUUUGAAAAUGUGCAAAGUUCUAAUUCUGAUAAUGUUUUGCUAGUUCUUGAAAAACUUCGUGGCACAACUAUAAUGAAAGCUAUAGCAAAAGCGAAAAACAAGGAAAGGAAAACAAUAAUAAAUUUUGCUAUCGGCAGUAAUUUUCCAAAAUUGCGGCAAUUGUAUCGGGUCAUUUUUGAAGAUUGUGGUUACAAGACAGGAAAAUGCGUCACUAAUGAAAACAAUGAUAAUGCUUUACACAGACAAAUAUUUCUACAUGAGAAAUUAUCGCAAACGAAAGGUUUUGAUAAUGCUAUCACUUUAGAAGCAGAAGAUAGAAUACCACUAAUCCUCUAUAAGCAACAAAAACACCAGAAAGCAUUAGAAGUUUGUCAAAAUAUUUUACAAAAAAGAAUAAAGAUUUUUGGAUCGGAUAACAAAUACUCCCUACGAAUGCAAGCCUUUUUGGCUCAAGGUUUGCAUGCACUAGGACAAAGUUCAAAGGCGAUUGAAAUUUUCGAAGAGGUAUACAAAAAACAACUUAACUUAUUGGGUUCAGAUAAUUUAGAUGUUCUGACGACUUUAUCUAAUAUGGCAAGAGCUUUUAAUUAUCUUAAUAGACAUGAAGAAGCUCUGGAGGCUGAUGAAACUGUUUUUAAAAUGUAUCUUAAACUGUAUGGUCCAAAGGAUUGUAGAACUUUAAUUGCGCAGAGUAACGUUGGUCGAUCGUUAAAGUACGUAGGCAAGCUCGAUGAAGCUAUUUCUGUUUUUAAGUUUGUGCAUGAGGAAUUGAAAGAAGCAUUAGGUACAUUUCACGCAGAAACUCAUCAUGUACUUGGCAAUUUACAUGCUGCAUUGCACAUGAAAAGCCAUUCGCACGAGGCUUUGGAAGGAUUAAGAGAAGUUUUUAGAAUACAAAAAACUAACUUAGGCUCACACCAUGUUCUAACGUUGAAUGCAGAAAAAUAUUUGUGUGAGGCAUUAUUUUUCGAAAAGAAAUUCAAUGAAGUUCUGGAUAUUUUAGAAAAGGGCGUUAUAGAACGAAAAUCUUUAUUAGGAGAUAAUCAUCAAUUUUUUCAUUUCGCAGAAAAAAUGAUAAAUGCUUCAAAGUUUAGGUUGAUGAUGGGAGGAUCACAAGGUUUCCCUUAUGUCCGUGUAAAUGAUUUUUUCCAACCUCAAACAUAUGUAGAGUACAUUUAAAAAUUUUAUUUUUCUAUUAAUAAUAUUUUACUACAAUAUAUGAAUGAAUGAUAAUACAUUUUGAAUAUGAUUCAUUCAACGCAUGUAUAUCCAGUUUUGCUGAUGAAAUUCUGGUUUCAAAUUAUAACAGUGAGGACAAAAUAAGUGUAACUUUCUUUUUUUAAAGAUGAAAGCAAUGAGAUAUGCUCAUAAUUGAAUAUGUCUUUACGUCUAAAGUAAAUUUAAUGUGUGUGAACGAACAGUGAAAAUGAUACUUAUUAUGUCUAAAUAUAUAUUUCACCGAUAUAAUGUGUAUCAUUUAUGUUUUAUUGUAAUGAUAAAUCGAAUGAAAACAUAGAAUGUUAAAAUUUUCAUUUAAAAAUUAUGUAUAAAGUUACAAAAUGUUAAGAUUAACAAAAAGAGUUACAAAAUGUUAAUUGAAAACCAACCAACUAUGCUCGAUAAAGCUAGCAAAAUGUUUCCUUUUUAUAUAACAAAGUCUCAUACUUUGCAAUUUUUGAUUUAUAUAAUAAUUUUAAACCAGACAUUAUUAACUUGUUGGUCCCACCUAUCAGUUCUCGUAUCUACCAGUUAAAACUUUGGUGAAUAUUCAAAGGUAAAGUUAGUUUUAACAACUCACAACCUUUUUAUGGCGCUAUUGUCUUCUAAUCAAAUGUCACAUUUAAUGGUAAAACAACAUUUUUGUAAUUUUUGGUUGCUUAACUUUUUUUAGUGUCUACUUCUCAAUAAUUGUUUCAAUCAAAACUAAGCAAAUGUAAAAGUUCUCCUACAAUAAGUGUUUCGUCAAGAAAUCGCUGCAACCACUGCUACAAAAUCUAAACACAUUUUUUUUAAUUUCCUAUUAUCGGAAUUUCGUAGUAGAAUUUCAAAUAAAAAUCAAAUGAUAUAUAAAUUCAAGAUAUGUCUGAAAAGAUUUUGUAAAUAUAUUUUUUCAUCUAUCCUUGCAGACUAUAUCCACACGCUAUUGUUUUUAAGAGAUUCUUAUGAUCAUGUUUAUGUUAUUGCAAUGAUUAUAUUGAUGAAUUUAUCGUUGUUAUAAUGAUAAUUCUGUUAUUUUAAUGACAAAAAAUGAAAAUAAAAUUUUUUGAACAAUUA